AUUUUGUUUAAUCAAAUGGAAUAACUAGAUUUGAUCUAUCUAAUUAUGUAUUUCCCGAUGUUUUCCAUCUGAUAAUAUACCACUAGAAAUCCUGUGCUGACUUACACCGCGCAGGGUCUUUGGAAGUAGUUAUAUUACUUUUUCUCCUUUCAGCCUUGUUGAUGGGGUACGUAGAUACGCGGAGGGUUUCCGCUGGGUCUAAUACUAUCUUAUCCUAUCAUAUUCUGUCGUUUCCAGUCUGCUUAGUGUUCCACACCUUUUCAACUCUGGAAUAUAAGAUAAUUUCUAUGGAACUCCACCGGCUUGGCGUUUCACUAGCCUCAAAUUGUGGUUUGUUAGAAUCGGGCUGUGUAUGGUUUAUUAGUGUUGGGUUCACUGUAUUUUGGUUGAUGGGUAGAGACUAUUGAUGCACUAGAGAUAGUAGAUAUUUUGUAGAAAGUGGGAGAUGGUUGUG